ACGAUGGGGGCAUUUCUGGACAAACCAAAGAUGGAAAAAUAUAAUUCCCACGGCGAGGGUAACAGCCUGCGCUUUGGGCUUAGCAGUAUGCAGGGCUGGCGGGUGGAGAUGGAAGACGCACACACGGCGGUCAUCGGCUUGCCUCACGGUCUGGACCCGUGGUCGUUUUUCGCCGUUUACGACGGGCACGCCGGCUCCCAGGUCGCCAAGUACUGCUGCGAGCACCUAUUGGAGCACAUCACCAGCAACUCCGACUUCCAAAGCGCUCUGCAGGAGGAUGCCUCGGUGGAAAGCGUGAAGAAUGGGAUCCGCACGGGCUUCCUGGAGAUCGACGAUCACAUGCGGAGCAUCUCGGAGAAGAAGCACGGUGUGGACCGCAGCGGCUCCACCGCGGUGGGUGUGAUGAUCUCGCCGAGCCACGUCUACUUCAUCAACUGCGGCGACUCGCGGGGACUCCUGAGCCGAGGCGGCGCCGUGCACUUCUUCACGCAGGAUCAUAAACCCAGCAACCCUCUGGAGAAGGAGAGGAUCCUCAACGCCGGCGGCUCGGUCAUGAUCCAGCGAGUGAACGGCUCCCUGGCCGUGUCGAGGGCCCUCGGAGAUUUCGACUACAAGUGCGUGCACGGGAAAGGCCCCACAGAGCAGCUGGUCUCUCCCGAGCCUGAAGUUUAUGCAAUCCAGAGAUGUGAAGGGGAUGAUGAGUUUAUUAUACUAGCUUGUGAUGGCAUCUGGGAUGUCAUGGCCAAUGAAGAACUCUGUGACUUUGUCCGCUCCAGGCUAGAAGUCACGGAUGAUCUGGAAAGAGUCAGCAAUGAAAUUGUUGACACUUGCCUGUACAAGGGCAGCCGGGACAAUAUGAGCGUUGUUUUAAUCUGUUUUCCCGGAGCUCCAAAAGUUUCUCCGGAAGCAGUUAAACGGGAAGCCGAGCUGGAUAAGUAUCUGGAGUCGAGAGUAGAAGACAUCCUUAAAAAGCAGGGAGAUGAAGGCGUACCAGACUUGGUCCACGUUAUGAGGACGUUAGCGUCAGAGAGCAUCCCAAACCUCCCUCCAGGCGGCGAACUGGCAAGCAAACGAAGUGUUAUUGAAGCGGUCUACAACAAACUCAACCCCUACCGAAGCGAUGACACGGUAAGUAUCUCAGUUUGUAACCCUCAAAAACUCAUUGGGGCUUUGCUUUGUUUGAAAAAGGAGCAGCCUCCUGUUAACGUCAUCGCCCACGUGGUUUACCUCUGA